GGCAUAUAUGACAGACCACCACCAUCCCCUGUCGCAGGUCAAAGCGUUUUGUUUUGAUGUAUUUGGCACUUGCGUCAACUGGCGAAAAUCGAUUGUUAUGGCCCUGGAUGACGCCCUGUCCACAAAAGCGAAACAGAAUAUUGACCUAGCCGACUUUGCCAAUGAAUGGAGACAGGGUUACCUGGACGCUAUGGCGACGUUGUCACAAAAGUCGUUUAGUCAAGCCGACUAUCCAGAUCUGGACGACAUACACUACGAAAUUUUGGAAAAGCUACUGACCACGCACGGCCUACAAUCUGAAUUAGACAGGGAUCAAAAAUCCAAGUUGAAUUCUGCAUGGCAUGAAUUAAUCCCUUGGGAGGAUUCAACUGAAGGGAUUAGCAGUCUUCAGAAAUCUGCUAUAACAGCAACCCUUAGCAAUGGAACAGUUCGGCUACUGGCUGAUUUGGCGAAAUAUGGUUCUCUACGUUUUGAUAUAAUAUUUUCUGGCGAAACGUUUCUUAGCUUCAAACCCAACCCGGCCAUGUAUUUAGGCGCUGCCCGUCUUUUAAAAUUGAAACCGGAAGAAGUAUGUAUGGUAGCUGCUCAUGAUCGUGACCUUCUAUACGCGAAGAAAAAUGGCCUCAAAACAGCAUUUAUAUAUCGCCCUGGGGAAGGCCAUGCGGAAAAUGACAUAUCAUCUGGUUCACCGCACAUCGAUGUAUUUGCUAAGGAUUUAGAGGAGCUUUCUUUUCUCUAUAAAGAAGUGCAAUUGUCAUCAAAAAUUUGAAUAAUGUGUCUAGCAAAGCGUAAUAAAGGAUGUACGAGAGCAUGACUUGAAUAUCACUGAA